AUGCACAAACGCUCGCGCUCAGCUGGGCUUGUGCUGGCAGCUGGGGCGCACGCUACGGCCACUGGUACAGCAUGGUCACCGUACCCGAUCCAAACCACAACGACGACGAUCUAUCCGACAUGCCCGGCACCAGUCACACUAUCGGAGACAAGCUAUGUGUUAGUUACAGGUACUACAACUGUCUUUGAGACCGUCGUCUACACAGACACUGUGACAACCACUCAACCAACCACAGAAGUGUCAGUCCUCGUACAGCCAACGACUGAGACUUUUGUUCAGCCUACUACUGAGGUCUCAUUGGUCACGGUAGUCCAAAUUACCACUGAGACUCAGACCGUCUCUACCACGCUCACCGAGACCACCUCGACGACGCUGACAGAGACUGUGCCUACGACCAUUACUGAAACGACGCCAACGACACAGCUCGUCACCUUGACCGCGACAGAAGAACUAGAAUUAUAUACAUCUACGACCAGGCUGACAAGCCUUCGAAUAUGUCCAACUCGUAUCACCAACCCGACUUUCACUGUAGCUGUGCCCAUGCCGACUCAAUGGACGUGGGGAUGUCCUCCUGGUUGGAUCUGCAAGCCUCUGCAAGAGAAUUGCGACUUCGAGGCUGGUACACCAGAUCGCAACUUCUACUGCUCACCGAACGAGUGUGUGCCGGCUCCUGGUCUCCCACAACCUCUGCCGAAUUGGGGUGAUACCAUAUACAGUAACUCGACGCCACUGAAUACGCCUGGACUCGGCGUCAAUGCUCUUGACAGCUACUUCAACGUGAAUCCUACUGACUUCGGCUUCGGCUACGAGAUAUUCGUUGUCGACAAAGUGGUCACGAUCACUUCGACCUUUGUGGUGCCCCCAGCACCGACUGCUUUACCUGCACCUCCUGCUGCGCCAGCAAAUAACAACACAGGACUGAGACUGCGACAAGCUCAGACCAAUAUUCCAGGCGCUUGCUACACAUGGUGUAACAAUCCUAUGCUUGAAGUCCAGGCUAUCGGAAAGACAGAUGAACUAUGUCAGCCGAACUCAGCUUUCUUAACUAGUCUAUCGCAGUGCAUGGCGUGCAUAGAUUAUCACGAGCAGGAUAACUUACCAGAAACCGACACUUUUCUUCGCAUCGCUCCCCAAUUUCAGCAAUUUUUGGACUACUGUGCAGGAUUCACUACGACUACGAUUAGCGGAACGCCAACCGCCUUUUCUACUAGCGCGGCACCAACCGAAGUGGCUCCUACGGUCACAGUAUCAGUAUCUGGUACGACGCCAGCCUCAUCAUCCCCUACGCUGGUGCCAACAACCGUGACCACAGACGUCACGGGAACAGCAAUAUCCGGUAUCGCCCCCACACCGGCCACAACUUAUACUUGGUCCGAGGUCGAAGCUAUGACCGUCAUCAUCGUCAAGAACGGUACAACCACGUCUUUCGCCGGCAAUGAAGUGGCGGAUGCUACCUUGGUCAUGGGCGCCGUGGGUGCUUCGCAGACGACAAUCACCACUUCAGGGCCAACCACAUAUACUACCGGCGUUCCCGCUAGCAGCCUUGGGGACCAGACGAGUGCCACAGAAGCAUCUGAGUCCGAUUCGGCGACACCAUCAGCAUCGGCAGCAUCAGGAUCGAGUCCGGCCAUUGCUUCAGGCAACGGUGUGAGCAGACCGACAGGGAGACCUGAGUUGCUUGGAGUCAUAUUGCCCUUGGCGUUGGUGUUGAUAUAA